UUCUAGUUACUGUAACAUUCCGGUGACCUUCUAUUCUAUUUACUGUAACAUGCUGGUGACAUUCUAUUCUAGUUACUGUAAUGGUAUGUGACAUCACAAAGAAACUCAUCCCCUCCUGUUUUUCUCCCUAAACCAGCUCUGCGACUCUAGCCCCGCCCUUCUACCUGUCUUCCUUUUAUUCCGACAACACCAUUGGUCCAUCUCAUAUGAGAUCACCACUCUUUGUCUAACACCCUGGACAGACUCAUACCUCUGUCUUAUACCUCAUAUCUCUGUGUGUCUCUGCUCUGUAGCUACAUAUCUCUCUGUGUGUCUGCUCUGUAGCUACAUAUCUCUCUGUGUGUCUGCUCUGUAGCUACAUAUCUCUCUGUGUGUCUCUGCUCUGUAGCUACAUAUCUCUCUGUGUCUCUGCUCUGUAGCUACAUAUCUCUCUGUGUGUCUGCUCUGUAGCUACAUAUCUCUCUGUGCGUACAACAUUCUUUCUGAUUCUACCCAUUUCUGUUUUCAUCCAUCUCUACCUCAACUUUUUCCUCUCAGUUGCCUUUCUCUAUUCUCUCUGUCACUCUCUCUCUCUUCCGCUCUCUCUCUUUGUAAUAGUCUACAUUCACCUCUGCUACCUGUGGUCUCACUAUGAGUGGUAAUCUGUGGACGGAGGAGCAGUUCAACUGUCCUGUGUGCCUGGACCUCCCCAAUGAGCCAGUCACCAUCCCGUGUGGCCACAGCUACUGCAUGGGCUGCAUCAAGGACUACUGGAGCAAGGACAACCCUCGCUCCCCUGGAGUCUACAGCUGCCCCCAGUGCCGCCAGACAUUCUGUCCCAAGCCCUCCUUGUCCAGGAACACCAUGCUGGCAGAGGCCGUGGAGCAGCUCCGCAAGGGGGCCCUCACCACCUCCGCCAGGGAGUCCAUCCGGAGCGCCCACCGUGCCAACACCAUGGGUAGAGCCAAGGGAGGUUCCCGUGGUGGUGGUGUCAGCAGGCUGCCAGCCAUGGCCGUGCCCUGUGACAUGUGUCACGGCGCUGGAGACCAGCAGGCUGCAGUGAAGUCUUGCCUGGUGUGUAUGGCGUCCUACUGCGAGGCCCACCUGAAACCGCAUCAGACGAAAGCGGAGUUGAAAAAGCACGAGCUGAUUGCGCCCACGGGCAAGCUGGCGCAGAAGAUCUGUACCGAGCACAAGUACCUGCAGGAGUUCUACUGUCGUCAGUGCCAGAUGUUUGUGUGCUGGCUGUGCACCAGUAACCAGCACAAGGACCAUGAGACCACCUCCACCAAUGCAGAGCGCACGGAGAGACAGAAAGAGCUGGCUGAGAUACAGACAGAGAAUCAUCAGAGACUGAAAGAAAGAGAAGGAGAGCUGAAAGACAUGAAGAAGAUGCUGGAGGCAACAAAGCGCUCAGCAGACAGGGUACAUGAUGACACAGAGACGGUGCUGUCGGAGCUCCAGCGCUCAGUGGAGAGGCUCCAGGAGCUGGUGGAGGGUGUGAUGAACCAGGCUGGGCAGGAGAAAGUAAGCGAGGCCCAGGACGUGGUGGACAAGCUGGAGGCCGAGAUCUCGGAGCUGAAGAGGAGAGACAAGGACAUGAAGGAGGUGUUCCGCUGUGAGGACAACAUCCACUUCCUGGAGACCUGUGAGUCUCUGUGCAGCCCGUUUGAGUGUAAUGAUCUGUCGUGUGUGGUGGCCAAUCCAGAGGCUACGUUUGAGCCUGUACGUGAAGCCAUCCUGAACCUACGGGAGAGAGUGGAGGACAUGUGCAACGUGGAACUGGGCAAGAUCACCAAGACAGUGAAUGACACAACAUUGUUCACCUUAGGAGAGAAAGCAAAAAAAAAUGGCGGCCAGAAGACGGGAGGGUUCAGGAGUUUGUUUUCUGGUCUGGGAUCCAAAGCAACAACAAACAACCGUCCUGCAGCUCCCACACCGACUGUCUCCGUGGCGGUUCGAGGUCCUAACUCACGUGGUGUAGGCCUGCGCUCUCAGGAUGUUAGGAGCAGAGAGGAACCACGAGCUGACAGAGACAGGCCGAGGAGAGAGGAGAGAGAACCAGCCAGAGAGGCAGCCCUCAGACCAAGCACCAGAUCUAGUCCCACUCAGAGUCGGAGAAAGCCAGCCAGAAAUAGCCCUACCCAAAGUCGAAGAGAGACGCGCAGACGCAGUCCCAGUCCCACUCCAAGUCGUAGAGAGUCAGCCAGACCCAGACCUACUCCAAGUCGUAGAGAGCCAGCCAGACCCAGCCCUACUCCAAGUCGUAGAGAGCCAGCCAGACCCAGCCCUACGCCCAGCCGGAGAGAGACACCCAGACCAGAACCCACCACCACCCCUACCCCCAGUGCUGUUACCCAAGCCACCCCUACCCCCGGUGCUGUUACCCAAGCCACCCCAGCCUCAGGAGCUUUCAGCCGGAUGGGAUCCAUAGCAAGUCUCUUCCGCUCCCAUCGACGUGCCACACCGGCACCUGGGCCAGUCAACAACAACACUGGUGGAGUUAACCCAUGUGAGUCCCGACCAGAGAGAAUGAUUGAGGCCUCUAGUAGUCAAAAGGCUACUAGUUCUCCCACUUAAAAAUAUGAGAGAGGCCUGUAAUUUUCAUCAUAGGUACACUUCGACUAUGACAGACAAAAUGAGAAAAAAAAUCCAAAAAUCACAUUGUAAUUUAUUUGCAAAUUAUGGUGGAAAAUAAGUAUUUGGUCACCUACAAACAAGCAAGAUUUCUGGCUCUCACAGACCUGUAACUUCUUCUUUAAGAGGCUCCUCUGUCCUCCAUUCGUUAUCUGUAUUAAUGGCACCUGUUUGAACUUGUUAUCAGUAUAAAAGACACCUGUCCACAACCUCAAACAGUCAAACUCCACUAUGGCCAAGACCAAAGAGCAUGUCCAGGCCCGUCUGAAGUUUGCUAGAGAGCAUUUGGAUGAUCCAGAAGAAGAUUGGGAGAAUGUCAUAUGGUCAGAUAAAACCAAAAUAUAACUUUUUGGUGAAAACUCAACUCGUCGUGUUUGGAGGCCAAAGGAUGCUGAGUUGCAUCCAAAGAACACCAUACCUACUGUGAAGCAUGGGGGUGGAAACAUCAUGCUUUGGGGCUGUUUUUCUGCAAAGGGACCAGGACGACUGAUCCGUGUAAAGGAAAGAAUGAAUGGGGCCAUGUAUCGUGAGAUUUUGAGUGAAAACCUCCUUCCAUCAGCAAGGGCAUUGAAGAUGAAACGUGGCUGGGUCUUUCAGCAUGACAAUGAUCCCAAACACACCGCCCGGGCAACGAAGGAGUGGCUUCGUAAGAAGCAUUUCAAGGUCCUGGAGUGGCCUAGCCAGUCUCCAGAUCUCAACCCCAUAGAAAAUCUUUGGAGGGAGUUGAAAGUCCGUGUUGCCCAGCAACAGCCCCAAAACAUCACUGCUCUAGAGGAGAUCUGCAUGGAGGAAUGGGCCAAAAUACCAGCAACAGUGUGUGAAAGCCUUGUGAAGACUUACAGAAAACGUUUGACCUCUGUCAUUGCCAACAAAGGGUAUAUAACAAAAGAAUUGACCAAAUACUUAUUUUCCGCCAUAAUUUGCAAAUAAAUUCAUUAAAAAUCCUACAAUGUGAUUUUCUGGAUUUUUUUUCUCUCAUUUUGUCUGUCAUAGUUGAAGUUUACCUAUAAAGAAAAUUAUAGGCCUCUCAUCUUUAAGUCGGAGAACUUGCACAAUUGGUGGCUGACUAAAUACUUUUUUGCCCCACGGUAUAUCUCUAUGGUCCCGACCCUCAACGCUUUAACCCCAUCAGA